UUGGGAAUGCUGUGAUUUCUUCUUCUGUGUGGCUCAUAUCACUGAAACUUUGGAUGCCAUUUUCAAAGAAGAAUGGAGGGCAAGAUGAAGCUUGCAAUGGUAGAAGAUGCUGUGGAGUACCAUCUGUUCCUGAUACCAGAUAAAGCAAGAGACACAGAAGAACACAGAGAGAUUCUUCAGAAGUACAUUGAAAGAAUAAUGACCCAAUUUGCACCUGUACUGGUUCCUUAUAUCUGGCAGAAUCAGCCCUUCAAUCUCAAAUAUAAACCUGCCAAAGGAGGUGUUCCUGCUCAUAUGUAUGGCGUGACAAAGUUUGGAGAUAACAUUGAGGAUGAAUGGUUUAUUGUUUAUAUAAUAAAGCAGAUUACAAAGGCAUUUCCAGAGUUGGUGGCAAGGAUUGAAGACAAUGAUGGUGAGUUCUUGUUAAUAGAAGCAGCUGACUUUCUCCCUAAGUGGUUGAAUCCUGAUAAUAGUGCCAACAGGGUGUUCUUCCAUCAAGGGGAGCUGUGCAUCAUCCCUGUGCCAAGGAAAUCUGAAAGGAUAUCCUGGUUACCCACGGCACCCCCAACCACCCAGCAAGCUUUGAGUAUAAUCUCAGCACACCCAGGGGCUGUUUUAGCUUCAGAAUCUAUACGCGCUGCUGUGGACAGGCGCAUCCACGGGUACCCAGAAAAAACUGAAGCCUCUCUUCAUCGAGCCCACUGCUUUCUUCCAGCCGGCAUCGUGGCUGUACUCAAACAACGACCCAGACUGGUGUCCGCAGCAGUCCAGGCCUUCUACCUGCGGGACCCCAUUGACCUGCGAGCCUGUCGAAUUUUCAAGACAUUUUUGCCUGAAACACGAAUAAUGGCAUCUGUCACUUUCACUAAAUGUCUGUACGCACAGCUAGUGCAGCAGAGGUUUGUGCCAGAUCGACGAAGUGGAUACGGGCUCCCACCUCCAUCACAUCCCCAGUACCGAGCCUACGAACUGGGCAUGAAGUUGGCUCAUGGAUUUGAGAUUUUGUGCUCCAAAUGUAGCCCACAUUUUUCUGACUCCAAGAAAUCCGUUGUGACUGCUUCACCACACUGGGCCAGCUUCCUUGAAAGUCUGAAAAGGAAUGAUUACUUUAAGGGACUGAUGGAAGGCUCUGCUCAGUACCAGGAAAGACUAGAAAUGGCGAAGAACUAUUUCCAGCUCUCCGUACACCGGCCAGAAAGUUCACUCGCUAUGAGCCCAGGUGAAGAAAUCUUAACCGUGUUACAGACACUUGAUGUGGAAACACUCAAGAAAGAGGCAGCUGAUCUUCCUCCUGAGGAUGAUGACCAGUGGUUAGACCUCUCACCAGACCAACUGGACCAGCUGCUGCAAGACACUGCGGGCAGAAAACAGUCUCAGCCCAGUCCCCAGCAGGAGGAGGAGAGCUAUGAUGUAGUGCAGGUCUCAGACAGCAUGAAGGCCUUCCUCUCCAAAGUGUCAACCCACAAGGGGGCAGAGCUGCCCAGAGACUCUUCGGAAGCUCCAAUCACUUUUGACGCAGAUUCUUUUCUGAAUUAUUUUGAUAAGAUUUUAGGGACAAAGCCUCAAGAGUCAGACUCGGAUGAUCUAGACGAAGAUGACUUCGAAUGUUUAGACAGUGAUGAUGACUUGGGCUUUGAGUCUCAGGAGCCUGAAUCUCUAAAAGGAGCUCUUGGGAGUCUGAAGUCCUACAUGGCCCAGAUGGACCAGGAGCUGGCGCACACCAGCAUGGGCAAAAGCUUCAGUACCCGAAAGCAAGCGAAUAAGGAACCUCCAUCCCAGACCAGAAAUAAGAAUUCAGAUGAAGAUUCUGGUGCAGGAGAUUGCGUAGUAGAAGCCGUGGAUGUAGACCUGAACCUGGUUUCAAAUAUACUGGAAUCCUACAGCUCCCAGGCUGGGCUGGCGGGGCCUGCUUCCAACCUGCUCCAUAGCAUGGGGGUGCGGCUGCCUGACAAUGCCGAUCACAACCCCCAAGCGAGCCAGUGAAGGCACAGCCCUGCGCAUCAGCUGCCGUUCUCCCUGAAUAA